AUGCGCACUGCUUGCCACAUCUUCCAUCUCGACACCUUCGACGCCGAUGUAUUCGUGCGCGACGAGUACCGGCGUUUCAUAGAGCGCCUGCGGGAUGCACGCAAACAGAAGGGCCUCAGGGCAAUGGCCGGCUGCCUGCUUCUCGGUCAUGUUGGAAUAGGCAAAAGCCACUUCCUCUUCUACCUGUUGAUAGAAUGCCUGACCCGCGAAGAGACUGUGCUCUUCACUCCCGCGGACGGCGACGUUUACCUGUUCAAUAAAGACGGCGUUGCGCGAUUGGACCCGAACGUGGACCAUUUCAACUUAUGGGAUCAGACGCGGAUCCCAGAGCUCGCGGACGAGGCCCCCUGGGUAUGGUCAUUGGUGGAUCGAUUCGGCCGCGAGAAACGCCCGGCCUCUCACAUCACUUACGACGUACCCCACUGGCAGUUCUUCGUCGCCGCCCCCGCUGUCCAAGGACCGGACAGCGCAUGGUUUGUGCGCAAGGCGCAGAUCCGCAGAGCCAACUGCUGGGAAAUUCCGUCGUGGACGGACGAAGAGCUCCUUGCUCUGUUGCAGAAGGUUGUCCGCUCGAGCAUGCUUGCUCCUGAGCAGCACGCCCGUGACUCAACAUCCGACGCUGAAGCGAUUCAAUCCAUACGACCAGAAGUCGGCCGCUGCCCGUGCGCAAUAUUCACAUGGUUGGUCGAUCCUCCAGCGUGCAAUCUUUGGUACAAAUACAACUUGAACCCGCUCCCCGCAUUCAGUAAAUGGACGGCGUAUGCACAGUUCUGGGAUUUAGAUGAGAAUGAAGGAAGUGCGGCUGAUUGUAUAGCGAAACCAAGGGAUUCCAUCACAUAGCAC